GGGCAGCGCUGAGGGGCUGAUAGUGAAGAGGAGAUUGUUGUUUGUUGUUGUGAUCGGCAGUUCGGGCUUCUCCGCCGUUUCUUCUUUUGUUUAACUCCUAAAUUUAAAAGUCCACCAUUAAUAAAAACACUUUAACUUUUUGACUAACAGUAAAUCGAGUUUAUAAUCUGCUGCAUCGAGCGGAAAGAGCCCGGAAACAUGAAAUGGAUGUUCAAAGAGGAUCACUCGUUGGAACAUCGAUGCAUAGAGUCAGCCAAAAUCCGCAACAAGUACCCUGACAGGGUCCCGGUGAUUGUGGAGAAAGUGUCGGGCUCACAGAUCACGGACAUCGAUAAGAGGAAGUACCUGGUGCCGUCGGACAUCACGGUGGCUCAGUUCAUGUGGAUCAUCAGAAAACGCAUCCAGCUGCCGUCAGAGAAGGCCAUCUUUCUGUUUGUGGACAAGACCGUGCCUCAGUCCAGCAUCACGAUGGGCCAGCUCUACGAUAAGGAGAAGGAUGAGGACGGCUUUUUAUACGUGGCGUACAGCGGCGAGAACACCUUUGGUUUUUAAACGGGGAGCCUUGAUGGCAACCUCGCGACCACUCUGACACCCACCCACCUCUAAUCACAGCCCCUGGAGAAGAGCCAGGGAAACCCCACAGAGAUUCAGCGACAUGGAACGGCUGUCGGGACGAGCGGGACGAUCACGGCGGCGUGUUAGUCGGAGCCCCAGAUUAAAGAUUGAUAGCUAGUGUUGUGUAUAGUGUGUUACAUUUCAGUUCAUGUCUGUGUUGUGAUUGGAGUGUUUUUAGGAGGAACUUUGAUUUGUUUUUGGUUGUUUUUCACAUUUUUAAUGAAGGCUUGAAUGAGUGUUUUCUUUUAGUUCUGCUCUCCUCUUUGAAGACGAUAUUUAAACAGAUCUUUUAAUUUAAUUAUUUGAAUUGAAUGGGAUGACCUAACCAAUAAAACAUUUAAAACUCCA